UUUAAGGAUAUUUAAGAUUUUAUGAGGUGUUGCACACCAGGCCGCGUCACUGCACUAGCCGGCGGAACGCUGUGUCCGCCAGUCGAGUGCCCGCACGCGGCGAGCGAUGACGUGCCGCCAGCGUGAGUGUGUCGCGUGGCGCGAACGGCCGCGCGACUUGUGACCCCGUCGUCGGCAUGUGAUGUUCCGGAGACGCGCGCUGCGGCGGCGGCUGGUGGCGGCCGGUGCGCCUUCCUUGCCGGACGACCAGCUGCGGCGGCUCGCGAGGGCGUUGGACGCGGGCGCCACUGGCGGGGAGUGCGUGCCGGCCGGUCACGCCGCCUCACAACUCCGACUCGCAGUUACCCGCGCCUUCAGGUUCCCCGACCUACGAGACUCCAGCGAACUGCGCCGCCUGCCCCUCUGCUCCGACCAGCAGUGCUGCAACCCGUACCACUGGAGCCGCCUCUGCAAGCCCGAAACCCCUCCUCCACCUUACAGUCGUUACGCAAUGGAAGACCUCAAACCUAAAGAGCAUGGAGAGAGUACAGAGGAUGCCAGGAGGACGGAUCACGAGCGGCUUGUAUCAGCGUCCCUGGCUACUGACGGAGAAGAACGUCAGAGCUGGGAGUCAGAAUGGUGUCGGCUCGCGUACUGGGAGCUGACCCAGCGGGUGGGUCGUCAGUUUGGUGUCCGAGUGAGGGCAGUGGACGUGUUCGGAGGGGGAGGAGGGGCUUGUGGCUCUGGAAGGCAUGGGCUGUGCCUAGACGCUUUGGACCAAAGGGGAGAUGCACCGCAGGCUGAACAGGUGAAAAAAACAAGAGCAAAAAUUGGUCUAGGCGUCACCCUGUCCUUAGAAUCUGACGGGGUUUGGCUGUACAACCGGAGCCAAGAACCUGUGUUCGUCAGCUCCCCAGCCUUAGACGCUGCUGCAGCCAAGGCCCUCCUAGUCUGGAGGGUCGCCCCAGGCCACUGCCUAUGCAUCUUCGAUCCUUCUUGCCCUCCUCCGGCGGUGUCACUGCCCCACAUUGGUCCUGUUGACCCCAGGUCGGUCAGGAUCUCGUUCGCAAAAGGUUGGGGUCCAAAGUACUCGAGGAGGGAUGUGACGGCGUGUCCAUGCUGGCUGGAGGUGUUGUUAGCCCCCCCGAGCUGACGCAAAUAGAGUGCUGUGGAUUUUGUGCUGCUAUUUGGUUUUGGGAGAUUGCGGAAAAUUUUUGGUGAUAUGGCCAAUUGUUAUAUACGGUGUAUGUAGCUUAUUCAGCAAAAAAGGACCAACACAUUUUUAAUAAUCACCAUUUCUUUCCGCAUCUCCCAAAACAAAUAGUGGCACAAAAAUAUUAUGAACUCAAAAAAGUGGAAAACGGACCAUUACAAGUGAAGUGAACAUUUCUAAUGAACUCUGUAAAGUUACGGACAAUAUUAAAAUAUGUUGUACACUCAUUGCCGCGGAAAAAAUGUUUGUCUAGAAAUAAAAAAAGCAAUAGGGAAUCUGCUCAUUCCCUUUAAAUAAUUGAGCACGAACAUACAUACUUAUGAAGUACCUAGUUAACAAAUAGAAUUAUGAAAAUAUUUUCUUCUAGCUUACCAAUUUUUCAGGGCCCUGAGUGUAGACUGUGCGAUGCACAUUGAGCCCAGUACCUACUGGGUGAUGUUUAUACAUUGUUGGGAAUAAUGGUACAUUAUGUUUUGUUAUCAUUAUGGAUUUGUUACUUAAAUUAUUACUCAUUAUGCCGUUAUUAACUUCUUAGAGACUUAUAUACACUAGUCUACUUGAUAUUCAGCUACUUUUACACCAUAUUGCGUAUAAAAGUAUCAGGACGGCAAAAUGCGUACUUUUUUAAAUAGUCAUUGUUGACAAUUACCAUAAUAAUGUAAAUACUGGUGGUUACUGUGCGUAAUAAAUAAAAGGGGCCUUGUUUCGCGAAAUGACCGGUUAUUGCUGGUGAUUCCAUUAUUUUGAUGUGCAUGUGAAAAAUUUGUGGAAUUUGUAAGAUUUACUUCCAUUUUAUCGCGUUUAUCAAAUUUAUCUUCAUUUGUUCAGUAAUUUCAUUGCAUCAUUAAAUUCAUGACUCCGUUAUCAAAGUGCCAUUUAAGCUACUCUCUUAGAUUGGAGCUAGCCAAUUUAGUUGUGGAGUACCAAGUCCCCUUACUCUCAAGUUGUUCACAUGCACGUCACACCACCGAUGUUGAGGCCUUAACUCGUGCUGUAUAGUCAACUAUACAAGUUUUCUAAAAUUGUACAUAGUGUAUAAACUCGGCUUUAAGACAUGCGAGACUGUAUAUAUAAUGUUACAUAUAUGUACUAUAAAUAUUUGUAAUUAAUUAUUUAUAAUUAUGAAAUAUGCCUUACCUUAGCAAGUAAAUUAUUUAAGAGUUAGUUUAUAAUUUCAAACAUUUUUUUUACAAAAAUAUAUGCGUUAUUGAAAUAUAAUUUGACACAACUUUUGUAUUGGAGAAUUCGUUUAAAAGUGAAGAAGGCUGUGUGAAAAGCAUUUUUAUUGACUUCAAAUGGGAAAAAAUCUAAAAUCAUUUUUGAGAGAUUUUUAAUAAUCUUGGUUUUUUAAUCAUGGAUGAAAUAUGAAAGAAAUUUGACAAUACAAAACUGUAUAUUUUAUAUUAUUCGACCACAUAAGUUAAUCAGGAAUAAUGUUUUAAAAAAUGUCUUUAUGAAGAUGAUUAAAAAUUUCUUGAAAACAAUCUAAUUUAUCUCAGUUUUGUGAGUUUUGGGAGCAACACGGAAGCUUAGAAUUUUAAACAAUUUUAUGUUUAAAAAAAAAGAUCUGCCGAUAUAAUACUUUUAUAAAAGUGCAAUCUUAUUGAAUUAUAUAGUUAUAAUAACAGAUAAAAAUGUGCCUUGCGUUAUAAUGAAAUAAAUAAUAAUAUAAUUAAUGAGGUAAUCCUGAGUCGUGUGUAAGUAACAGUCAAUUUCACUGGCCUAUAAGAAUUCUAUACAUUACGAUUUUUAUUGUGAAGCUUGCUUUUUACUGAAGCGUAACAAUUUUGUAUAGAAAACCAUCUGAUACUUAAAUUUUCCCUACCGUUUUUUCAAGUAAAACAUUGUUAAAUGUUACGAAAUAGCCUACUAUGUUACAAAAAUUACCACUUUGUUACGAAAAAUGUCCACUCUGUUACGCUUUAGUAAAUGGCACGUAAAAAUCCUCGAAUUUAAGUGUAUAAUCGCUUAGACAAAGUGAUUGGACAAUAAGAAGUAAAUUCUAGUCUAUAUAGCAACUGUGCUUUGUCAAUCGUUGGUUAAUCGCAGCAAGUUGGGAUAGGAUAAAGUCCGACAUUCUGAAAUAUUGUCUAUCAGAUUUUUUAUACAGCGUGACCAAAAAAAAUGUUUUCUUUCGCGAAAUGUACUUAAUAAUAAACCAAUUUAUACAUUCUGGUCAGUUUUCACACUUCAGUUUUGUUACUAUACAUUUUUUGUAUUCAUUAUAGUAGUUCCAGUUUUCAUUAUGGUAGUUACUCACGUUGGUCACGUUGUAUAAAAAAAUGUAUAGCAUUAUUUUCUUAAAUUAAUGUACAUAAUGCGAAUGGCAGCUUGUUCACAGUAAAAUGUAUUUUAUGCAGUCACAAAGGCAUAAUUAUGAUUUAUUUAUUAAUGUUUUGGGUAAAAGCUGUUUAGUCAUUGCGUUAGACUGAUGUAGCGCCUUAAACAAAAUAUAUUUUGACAUAUUUUUAAUUAUUUUUCAUUCUAAAAUAUUGGGAUCAAUAAACUGUUAAGUAUUUUCUCAAAAAUCUUGAUUAUUUUUGUUUUUUUUUUCUACUGUUCGUGUUUCGUUAAAUUAUAAAAAUAAUUAAAAAUAUGUCAAAAGCUAAAAUAAUAUAAAAUUUAAUAAUAUAGAUAGUAAUUGUUCUCCCUGAUUCGCCGGUAAAUUGUUGUGAGUUUGACUGAGAAGAUGGAUGAGAUUAGGUUAUGAUAAAUUAUAAAUAAAAGAGAAAUAUUUUUAAAA